AUGUCUUAUAAUCAUGUAUAUCCGAGAUGUUGCGUAAACUCGUCAGACUCUUCUAGUAAGUCAAAAGAAAGUCCUUCAGGUCAAUUCAAGCUUUACCAGUUCUUCGUGUUCUGUGUACCAAUCUUCUUCACUUUCAUCCUCCUCUUCGUCUUCUACUUGUUCUAUCUUCGCCCUCGACGGGUCAAUUGGUCGUCUCUUAGAAUGACAACUUCUCCACAGAUUAACAACGACAUUGCCACUGUUGAAUUGGGCUUGAAAAAAGAACUGAGAGAGAUGCUACCCAUUAUUGUAUAUAAGGAGAGCUUCUCCGUCAGAGAUACACAAUGCUCAGUAUGCCUGGGUGACUAUCAAGCAGAGGAUAGGCUUCAACAAAUACCAGCCUGUGCCCAUACAUUUCAUAUUGAUUGCAUUGAUAGCUGGCUUUCCACCCACAGCACCUGUCCACUCUGCCGCUUAUCCCUCCUUUCGUCUCAUAAAUCUCAAAAUGAAUCGCCUGAUGUACCGGUGGAGUCGAGUCAUGAAUCUUCUGUUGCAGAGAAUAAUUUUGUAACACCCCUUCCACAGAUGCCUCAAGCGUGUGAAGAAACAGAAGCUACAGAGUCCGGGUUGAGGAAUAAGGAACCUAGAACUGUCCUACACAGUUCCGAAGAAGAUCCAAGAAGUUCUCAAUGGGUUGAUUGUAAGCGAGAAUUGAGGGAUGUAGGAAAUGCAACUGAGUUGCAUGAGCAUACUCGUGGAUCUUCUGUACAGAAAGUACUAGAGUAA